CGUUCCCUCGUCCCGACGUGCCGUGCGCGGGGUGACAGGUGGGUCUAGACAGAUAGAAGCCAAAAUGGCGGACUUCGAAGAUCGGGUGUCGGAUGAGGAGAAAGUUCGUAUUGCUGCAAAAUUUAUCACCCAUGCACCCCCAGGGGAAUUCAAUGAAGUGUUUAAUGAUGUUCGUUUGCUGCUCAACAAUGACAAUCUUCUCAGGGAAGGGGCAGCCCACGCAUUUGCACAGUAUAACAUGGAUCAGUUCACUCCAGUGAAGAUAGAAGGAUAUGAUGAUCAGGUCUUAAUCACAGAACAUGGUGACCUUGGUAACAACCGGUUUUUAGACCCAAGGAACAAGAUUUCCUUUAAAUUUGAUCAUUUGAGGAAGGAAGGAAGCGAUCCUCAGCCAGAAGACAUAGAUACAUCACUAAAGUCCUGGAGGGAUGCCUGUGAUAAUGCAUUAAGAGCUUAUGUGAAAGAUCAUUAUCCACAUGGUUUUUGUACUGUUUAUAGUAAAACUAUUGAUGGACAGCCAACAGUUAUAGCUUGCAUUGAGAGUCAUCAGUUUCAACCCAAAAACUUUUGGAAUGGACGCUGGAGAUCAGAAUGGAAAUUUACUAUCACUCCACCUACAGCUCAAGUGAUUGCAGUGCUCAAGAUCCAGGUGCAUUAUUAUGAAGAUGGUAAUGUGCAGCUGGUUAGCCACAAAGACAUACAGGAGUCUGUAGCAGUUUUGAAUGAUGUUCAAACAGCAAAAGAAUUUAUUAAAAUCAUAGAACAGGCAGAAAAUGAGUAUCAGACAGCAAUCAGUGAAAAUUAUCAGACAAUGUCAGAUACCACAUUCAAAGCCUUGCGUCGCCAGCUACCAGUCACCCGUACUAAAAUUGACUGGAACAAAAUCCUCAGCUACAAGAUCGGCAAAGAAAUGCAGAAUGCCUAAGAGCAGAGAUGCUGUGAGAAAUAUUAGCAUGCAAAAUAAGCAGAGCAAAUAUGGUCCUUUGCCAAGUAGGUGGGUUCCCUGAAAUUGGCAUUUGUCUCGGGCUUUUGGCAUUAACAGGUUUUAUAGCCUUACAAAGGACUGUUAGAGACAUAACAUUUUGUUUGUGUAUGUUCCUGCCUUGAAAACAUCUGGUGUAAGAGUCACAGUGCAUUUCUUAGUAGGCUUACUUAAUAUAGCCACUUUGGGAUCAGUACUAUCAGUCCUUGUAUUUGCUAAAAAGUCUCUUCCCUAAAAGAGUCUUUCUAGAAAUGCAGGCUGGUAAUAUUGGACUUAGAGUCCCAGUACCUUUUCCAGCACAGGUAUUAUAUUCAAUUUAAUAGAAAUGCUGGCAGCUUUAUGGUGUUGCUUUAUACCAGAUACAACUUUUCCUUGCUUGUCUCCCUUCAAAACUGCCAACCACCAACUAGCAAUAUCUUCUAGGCUUACCUUUUUCAUGUUUGCAAAGUGUUUACAAGACUCUUCCCAGAAAUGCCAAGAAGGCCAGGUCUUCUUAAAUGCUGUUUUGGGGGAUGGUUGUUUUUGUUUUUUAAAUCCAAAGACUUGAGCCUCAUUUUCUUCGAGUAAACUAUUUUUCUCAUUUGUAUUCCUGGAAGUACGGUUAAUAUAAAUAUCUGCAUUUUUACUGGAUGGAUCCUCCAUUUUUCUUAAUACUUGUCUGCUGCUCAGAUAUUUGUUUAGAUGGAGAAGAAAUUACAAAAUUUAAAUGCUGUAAAUGUUUAAAUAUUGGAUUUAUUGUGCUUUAAUGCUUUGUGGCAAGCUGAUGGUGUUUGCAUCAGAAAUGUAUGAAUGAACAUGUCUAAGUGGGUCAAUAAAAUGUUUGCACCAAGGCA